AUGAGCCGGACAAACCAGUCGAGCGUCUCCGAGUUCCUCCUCCUGGGACUCUCCAGGCAGCCCCAGCAGCAGGAUCUCCUCUUUGUGCUUUUCCUGAGUAUGUACCUGGCCACCAUCCUGGGGAACCUGCUCAUCAUCCUGGCUGUCAGCACAGACUCCCGCCUGCACACCCCCAUGUACUUCUUCCUCAGCAACCUGUCCUUUGUGGACGUCUGCUUCUCCUCCACCACCAUCCCCAAGAUGCUGGCCAAUCACAUACUCGGGACUCAGACCAUCUCCUUCUCUGGCUGUCUCACGCAGAUGUAUUUCGUUUUCAUGUUUGUGGACAUGGACAAUUUCCUCCUGGCUGUGAUGGCCUAUGACCGCUUUGUCGCUGUGUGCCACCCCUUACAUUACACAGCAAAGAUGACCCAUCAGCUCUGUGCCCUGAUGGUUGCUGGAUCGUGGGUGGUUGCCAACCUGAAUGUCCUUCUGCACACCCUGCUGAUGGCUCGACUCUCAUUCUGUGCAAACAAUGCCAUCCCUCACUUCUUCUGCGAUGUGACUCCCCUCCUGAAACUCUCCUGCUCGAACACACACCUCAAUGAGGUCAUAAUCCUUAGUGAGGGUGCCCUGGUCAUGAUCACCCCAUUUCUUUGCAUCCUGGCUUCCUAUAUGCACAUCACCUGCACUGUCCUGAGGGUCCCAUCCACAAAGGGAAAGUGGAAAGCCUUCUCCACCUGUGGCUCUCACCUGGCUGUGGUUUUCCUCUUCUAUGGCACCAUCAUUGCUGUGUAUUUUAAUCCUUUGUCCUCCCACUCAGCUGAGAAAGACACUAUAGCUACCGUGUUGUAUACAGUGGUGACCCCCAUGCUAAACCCUUUCAUCUACAGCCUGAGGAACAGGUCCUUGAAAGGGGCUUUGAAGAAAGUAGUUGGCAGGGUGGUGUUUUCUGUCUGA